AUGUCGGGUCGCGGAAAGCAGGGAGGCAAGGCCCGCGCUAAGGCUAAGUCGCGCUCGUCCCGCGCCGGCCUGCAGUUCCCGGUGGGACGAGUGCACCGCCUGCUGCGCAAGGGCAACUACGCCGAGCGGGUAGGGGCCGGCGCGCCGGUCUACAUGGCGGCGGUGCUGGAGUAUCUGACGGCGGAAAUUCUGGAGCUGGCGGGGAACGCGGCCCGCGACAACAAGAAGACGCGCAUCAUCCCCCGCCACCUGCAGCUGGCCAUCCGCAACGACGAGGAGCUGAACAAGCUGUUGGGCAAAGUCACCAUCGCCCAGGGCGGCGUGCUGCCUAACAUCCAGGCCGUUCUCUUACCAAAGAAAACCGAAAGCCACAAAGCCAAAAGCAAAUAA